AUGCCCUCAACCCGACCGACAUCAGCUGACGCCUGUCACUCCAUUGUUCACUCACUGAUGUGUCAUCGCCAGGGCGGUGAGCCGGAGAGCUUCUCCAAGCGGGCCAUUGAGUCGCUGGUCAAGAAGCUAAAGGAGAAGCGAGACGAACUCGACUCGCUGAUCACUGCCAUCACCACCAAUGGGGUACACGUGACGAAGUGUGUCACCAUUCAGAGGACACUGGACGGCCGACUUCAGGUGGCCGGGCGAAAGGGAUUCCCCCAUGUUAUUUACGCGCGCAUUUGGCGCUGGCCAGACUUGCACAAGAAUGAGCUGAAACACAUCAAGACGUGCCAAUAUGCGUUUGAAUUGAAGUGCGACUUUGUCUGCGUCAACCCUUAUCACUACGAGCGCGUAGUGUCGCCUGGAAUUGACCUGUCCAGCCUUAGCCUCACUAGCCAUGACGAUGACAAUCCGCCGCCCAGUCUUCAGCAGAGUCUUAACAAUGACUUUAUGGUUUCAGGUUCAUCAAUCUCAAAUGUCGUGCAGCACUAUCCCCAAAAUGCUAUGCUUAAUAACGAGAAAAACUCAUAUCUCUCUCAAGCCAGCCAUUAUCCUCCGCAGCAGCAUCAUUUCAGCGAGUCCAGUCGCGCCUCUACAAGUACUGCAGAUUUCCAGAACUCACAAGGAAUAAAGCCAAAAACUGAAAUUGACGCGCUGUCUACAUCUCGACUAAGCAACUGUACCUCUCCCCCGUCUCCAAAUGGAUCAAGCACUGCUGGACAGUUGGCCAGUCACCAAAUGGCUGGCAAUUCGGGUGGUGGUGGUGGGGCCGGCGGAGCUGGCGGCAGUGGUGGUGGUGGUGGUGGUGGUGUACUUCACCAGAACCCGAUUCCGCCACCUCCUCCUCCUGGUGACAAGUGGCAGGGAGCUCAGGCGAACAUACCGUACAGUGGCAGCAGUGACGGCGCAGCCUCCGACCACCAGAGCCACAAUGGCGACCUUGCUUCGGCGAACGAGUACUGGAGCCAACAGAUGCUCAACAAUCCGCAGGUGUUGUCUCGAAAUGCUAGUGCAGCCUCGAACAUGUCGCAGCACAUACCUCAGCGCACACUCUCCAGCCAGCCACCACCUGAGUUUUGGUGCUCCAUCGCCUACUUUGAACUCGAUCAGCGCGUCGGCGAGACCUUUAAAGUACCUUCAAAUUACAGCUCCGUCACCAUAGAUGGCUACGUUGAUCCGAGCGGGGGCAACCGAUUCUGCCUGGGCGCGCUGUCCAACGUUCACCGAGCUGACCAAAGUGAAAAGGCUCGUCUGCACAUUGGAAAGGGAGUCAAUCUGGCGCUGCGCGGAGAGGGCGACGUGUACCUCCACUGCCUGUCUGACCACGCGGUCUUUCUUCAGAGCUACUACUUGGACCGCGAAGCAGGACGUGCCCCAGGCGAUGCCAUUCACAAAAUAUACCCUCAGACAAACAUCAAGGUGUUCGACUUGAAGCAGUGCUACCGUCAGAUGCAGCAACAGGCGAACGACGCCCACAACAAUGCUAAAGCAAGGGCGGCCGCCGUGGCCGGAGUUCAGGGCUCAACGCCAAUUGCCUUCUCAUCCAGUGCAACUGGCAUUGGCGUCGAUGAUCUGCGACGACUGUGCAUUUUAAAGCUUUCCUUUGUGAAAGGCUGGGGACCAGACUAUCCGCGGAGGACAAUCAAAGAGACGCCUUGCUGGAUUGAAAUCAACCUUAACCGAGCCCUUCAGCUGCUGGACGAGGUUCUUCACACAAUUCCAUUUCAAGAUCCACAUCCUAAUGAGUAG